ACGGGAUUCUUUUUUGGUUGGAAUUGAUAUUUUUUCUCAGACCAGACUGACAAGAUAUUUUGGAUAUUAUUGAUUUUCUGAGGGCAGGAGAAUGGCCUGUAGACCACGAGACGUUUUCUCUUUCAAAGACUCAGAACUUCCCUCCCACCUACUUGCCCAGCUCAACAUCCUCAGGCAGGAGCGUAUCCUGACAGACGUUCUGCUCUGCACAGAGCAUCAGGAGAUCCCCUGCCACAGGAACGUCCUGGUGUCCAGCAGCCCGUAUUUCCGCGCCAUGUUCUGUAGCAACUUUCUGGAGAGCAGUCAGUCCCGUGUGAAUCUGAAGGGAAUCUCUUCCAAUGUCAUCAGUGGCAUUGUGGACUAUGUCUAUACAGGCUGCAUCACUAUCACAAUGGAGAUUGUGCUCCCCCUCAUGCAGGCAGCAUCCAUGCUUCACUAUGGAGGUCUCUUUGAGGCCUGCUCAUCUUUUCUCCAGGAGCAGUUGAGUCCAGAAAACUGUCUGAGCAUGAUCCGGCUUUCUGAGAUCCUUCAUUGUGAGAGUUUGAGGGAGAGAGCAAUGGAGAUGGCUGUGAGUUGUUUCUCUGAUGUAGCUUCUACAGAGGACUUCUGUGAGUUGUCUCUCCCUGAGCUCAUGUGUUACCUAGAGGAUGACCGACUUUGUGCUGAGGAGGAGCAAGUGUUUGAGACCCUCCUGGCGUGGAUCCACCAUGACCCGUUCUCACGACGUGGUGCAAUCCAUGAUCUCUUCAAGAAAGUCCGUCUUCGCUACAUCCAUCCAACUUACCUCUUCCAAUUCAUUGCCAAUGACCCUCUAGUGCAGUCCUCCACACUCUGUACUGAGAUAAUCGAGUCAGUGCGUCGCCUGAUGCUUACAGUCAGCACUAAGUGUAGUCGGGAGCUCAAGCCACUUUGGACCACACCACGACGUUACACCUGCAGAGAAACACUGGUGGUGGUUGGAGGACGCAAAAACAAUGAACAAACGUCACGAGAGGCCCUACUAUAUGAUGAAAGGACUCAUCGUUGGCAAUGGUUGGCCAAGCUCCCUCUGCGGCUCUACAAAGCUUCAUAUGUGUGUAUUCACAGCAUCCUCUAUGUGCUUGGCGGGCUCAGCCUCUGCAUGACAUCAGGCAACAGCUCAGUCAGCGCCACAGUUUACACACUCUCCCUUAAAACCAACCAAUGGAGAACUGCUGAGCCCAUGUUGGAGCCACGGUACGCCCACCAGAGUGUGUCCUACCUGCACUUUAUUUUCGUGUUAGGAGGCAUUGGGGUAGACAAGCGAAUCUCCCAGUCAGUAGAGAGGUGUAACAGUAUGUUUAAUCAAUGGGAGGCCAUGGCACCGAUGCCCACAGCGGUGUUGCAUCCAGCCGUUGCAGCCAGUGAUCAGAAGAUCUAUGUUUUCGGAGGGGAGGAUGCCAUGCAGAACCCAGUCAGGCUGAUUCAGGUGUAUCACAUCUCUCGCAACUUCUGGUCGAGGCUAGAGACAAGGACGGUGAAAAAUGUUUGUGCCCCUGCUGCCGUAAUAGAGGACAGGAUCUACAUCAUAGGAGGGUACACCAGGCGAAUGAUAGCCUACGACACCAAGGCCAACAAAUUCGUCAAAUGUGAGAAUCUAAAGGAGCGAAGGAUGCAUCACAGCGCCACAGUGAUCAACAACAAGCUCUAUGUUACCGGUGGACGCAUCCUCAAUGGCCACGAUGUCAUCGAGGACUCAGACUGCUUCGAGUGUUACGACCCAAAGACAGAUGUUUGGACUUCGAAAGGCUCUUUGCCGUACAAGCUCUUUGACCACGGCUCUUUGCCAUUAGUCUGUGUUUUCAACAGACCCAACCCACCGUGACCUAUCAUCCAAUCAGCCACUUUUGGCAAAUGCUUAGCUGCAUGUUCUUCACCUCCCCUUUGCCAUGAUUUAUUGGCCUCUAACUACACAAAAGGGAGACCAUUUCAAACCAACUGCAUUCCUUCACGCAGCUCAGUCUCUGCCACAACUUAGCAGAAUGUUAAGUCAGGCUGCCUUUAACAUAAAUGAAAGGAGAGCUCAGCUUAUGUGCAGAGGUGUCAUGUCUAAGGCUCCUGGAGGAAAAACUGAACUGAGAGCCCCAGAGAUGACAAGAGGCUUUCGUACUUAUACAACAAGCAGCUGUUCAGACACAUACGUAAUCCACAAAGCUCUUUCCGCAGAUGGCUGCACUCGUUUGAUGCUAACUAAAAGUGUUAAUGUUUUAACUUACCAGACAUUCAUACACAGCAUAUCACUCUGGCUGGCAGCUGCAGAUGUCUUCUGUGUAGCAGUUAAAUACAUAGGGCGUUAUAUGUCUGGCUGUGGGUUAACUCUAUGAGCUCUGCUUGUUUUGUAAAACGUAAGAUGACAGAUCAGACAGCUACUAAAGUUGCACUUUAUAGAAAAUACAUUCCUCCUUGACCCACACGCCUCUUACAGAGUGCACUUGAUGAUGAAAGCACAAUGUGACAGAACAUGGACAAGCUCCCAUGGCAAAAUGCGGUUGUCUAUCAUGGUUGCUGAAAUGUUGCUAAGAACAGUUUUACUGAAAUGACAUUAUCUGGGCCAACAUUAUUCCAGUUUUAC